AUGUCGAGAGAGAAAGAAGGAGAAAUGGAGAAGGAGAGUAUCCCUCAUAUGUUUCAUCAACACCCGCUGAGUUUGAUCCCCAACCUGGCCGCGGAAACUGAUACUAAUUUUUGGAGCGCUUGGUGUUAUGGUUGUUGGAGACACUUUUUACCAGGAGAGGCAGCCUAUGGAUGCAGCCAAAAGUGUGGAAUGAAUUGGCUAUUACACAAAGAAUGCAUGGAGAUGCCGAGAGAGAUCCGCCAUCCUCUCCACCCUUCACACUCACUCACACUACAAGCUUCUUCAUAUGGCGUUACAGGAUCAUGUGCAGUUUGUGAGUUUGUAGCGUAUGGGUUGUUGUACAAAUGUAGUGGGGGGUGUGAGUGGUGGAUCCACUUGGGAUGCACAGGGGAUUUUGAAGCAGCAGCAGUUGAUGAUUCAACAAUGAAGCACCCAAGCCACCCUCAACAUCAACUCAUCAAGAAUACAAGAUCGUGCUCCUUCCCCUGCGAUGCCUGUGGUGCCACUCACAAAGGGAACGCCUACAUCUGCACCAUUUGCAACUACUGGAUACACGAGAGCUGCGCACUCUUGCCGGUGUCUGCGCACUUCCCUCAUCAUCGCCCCGACCACUCUCUCUCACUUGCUUUUAAUCUGCCAAAUGAGUACAUCAAAUAUGAAUUUGUGUGUGCUAUAUGCAGCGAAACUUUGCCAAUGAGACGUUGGGUCUAUCAUUGCCAGCUUUGCAGAUAUGUCGUCCAUAUCAACUGCGCCACCAAUACAUCCUCCCUCUCACUUUCGAAUUCAUCUAAUAAUGAAAAUGCAAUUGAUGAUGCGAAAGACAUUACCAAGGGUCCAAUAGAUGACAUAUAUGAGGAGAUUAUCAGACCAUUCGUUAAAAGAGAGAGAGGACAAAUUUCCAUCACUCAUGAUCAUGACAAUCAGAAGACCUACAGUAUUCCAAUAUCGGGACUAACAUGUGAUGGGUGCACAUUGCCUAUACAAGAAAAGAAGCAAAGAGAUGAUGAUGAUGAUGAUGAUGAUGAGUACGAGAAUGGUUACAUGAGUUGUGAUGAAUGCAAAUACUUUCUCCACUUGUCCUGCUUUAACUUACCACCACACCUCCCUUCUCAUCCACUCCACCCCAUCCAAAAUCACAAUCUCACGCUUAGAAAUGCUGGCAAGCUAACAGAUUGGGUUUAUAACUACUGA